AUGAAUUUGUUCUGGGUUGCUAUCCGUGACGUUGACGAUAACGAAGUACGUCGAUGUCUAGUCGCCUUCGUCGACUCAAUUAUUGUUCCGACUAAAUGGCGUAGCUGCUUUAUGUCCAUUGCAUGUUCUGAAAUCGACUGUGCAGAGAAAAAUGUUACGGACAGUUCUGGGGGUAGUUACUUCGAGAGCGGCUGUUUCCUGAUUAUGCUGCUGGCCGGAUCGAUGUCAACAGCCAAACAUGGCCUUCGCGACAUAUUUUUCACUAACUGCUAUCAACAGAAAUAA